CCCUGCUCCUUUCCUUUGGCGGCCCCGUCCCUCCCUCUUUCUCUCGGUUCCGGAUUACAGGAGCGUGCACAUCGUUUCGUGUCUGUUAAAGACUUAAAAAAUGCGUUACGUGGCCGCUUACCUCCUUGCUGUCCUUGGUGGCAACAACAGCCCCUCAGCCAAAGAUCUCAAAAAGAUCUUGUCCAGUGUUGGAAUUGAGGCCGAUGAUGAACGUGUCAAUAAGAUUAUCAGCGAACUUGGUGGAAAGGACAUUGAAGAUGUCGUAAAUUCCGGUCUCUCUAAGUUGUCAUCCGUUCCAUCUGGGGGUGCUGUGGCUGCAGCUCCUGCAUCUGCUCCAGCUGCCGGAGGCUCUGCUGCUCCAGCAGAAAAGAAAGAAGAAGUAAAGGAGGAAUCUGAAGAGUCUGAUGAAGACAUGGGAUUUGGACUCUUCGAUUAAAUAACUCUUUUCUUAAGAUAAUAAAACAAAUCUAAUUCAAAUAAA